CCGAAUAAAUUACAGAAGAGCGUUAUUGAGGCAUCGUGCAACGGUCGUCGCCCGUAUAUCAUUUGCCCCAUUUUUGGUGAGAUGCCAAAUUGGAUGAGCUACAGGGGAGAAGGAUGCCCAUUGACAUUCCAUAUACCUCCAGUCUUCCAAGGCUUAGUUGUUUGGGUUGCCCGUCGACCAGUUGAGAAGGAUGAUCGUUAUGGCUUCAACACUGACAUUAUUAUUAUUAUAAGAAAUAAAAGCAACGGACUUCAAUUGUUUGAAGAUAACCGAACACUAACACCUGACGGAUGGAUAAGAUACAUAAAUAGAAGUGAAAUGGCAAUGGAAGAUUACUGUGGAGAUGACGACUUGGAACUAUACAUUUCUUAUGACGAAUUGCACAUCAUUAAAGAAUGUGGGGUCCAUGUGAUCGCAGGGAAGUCGGAUUCAUUUGAAGAGUCAGAAGUGAAAAGAGAUGCAGUGAUGCCUUCACCACCACCAUAUCAUCUGCUUCAUCAUCCCCAUUGUGGUUCAAUUACAGCAUCUACACCUAAGCAAUGGAGUGACUAUUUAUUUGCGAAGCUGCAAGGACAUGGCCUCGCUUUAACGUUUUAUGGGGAAAAAAUACUUGAAUUUGUGUGAGAGGACAAGAUCAUUUUAUGGAGAAAUGUUUGAAGUUACUCUAAAACAAUAUGGUAUUUUUGUCUGAUAAGUUGAUAUGUAUUUGAAGUUCAUUUUCUAAACUUGAAAGUUCCAUUGGAUGUUCUUUGAAAUCUUUUCCAUCCUAUUUGAAAUUGGACAGCCUAGUUGUUAUUAUUCAUGAUGUAAUUUAUAUUUUCAAGUUAUAACUUUUGAUUAAUAUUGUUUCAUUUUUUUCCUCACUUUUUUUAUGUAUUCUCCAAAAGAUGAAAAUCAUUGAUCUUAGUUAGAAAAAAUUGGUUUUUUAGGAA